GUAUCUCAGAAUACAAAAAAAACAACAAAAUUCCAAAAUCAACCCCAACCCAAGUCAUCUUCCAUUCCAUACUGUAGGAAAAUAUACAGGUGAGAAGAGAGGACGGCAAACAAGGAGAGAGAAAAAAAGCCUGCCAUUUUCUCAAAGCUAAGCCAAAAGAGAGGAGGGAGAAACAAGUGAAAGGGGGGUUUUGGCGUCGAAUUUUCGAUCUGAAAAACCCUAGGAUUUCCUUCUGUUUUCUCUCUCUCCUCUUACAUUUUUUUCAAUCUGCUUCCAUUUUUUGUCCUCUAUUGUUUUCCAGGGACCUGCCAUGAUUUUCUUGUGAGUAUUGCGAAUUUGCAAUUGUCAGUGCCUGUGAGAAAAAGUAUUGUUUAAGCUUUGCUGAUGGACCUGCAAACACAAAUGCACUUGGGAGAGAAUGGGUUAUCGAACUUUAAUGGCGAAGCAUGUAAUGGAGACGACGGACAAACUGAGAGUUACAAAAGAGUGGUCAAGGAUAUGAUCGAGUGGCUGAACGGGCAACUCCCUGAUCUGAAUGUACCAGAAGACUCUUCACUUGAAGAAUUAAGAGUUUAUUUGCAAGAUGGAACUGUUCUAUGUCACUUAUUGAAUCGGCUUAGCCCUGGAGCCGUUGAAAUGGGUGGUACGUUAGAGCCCCAUCAAGAAACUGUUGAAAGGUUUUUGUCAACUUUGGAUAAAAUGGGCUUGCCUGGAUUCAAAGUUUCAGAUUUAGAACAGGGAUCAAUGAUCAAGGUGUUGGAGUGGCUUCAGGGGUUUAAGAGUAAUUUCAGCUCUAGCGCUGAUGGGGAAGCUGCUCGCAACCAUGUGAGAAAGAGAUGGAAUAUGCCGGAGAUGGAAGCUUUGGACGGGACUGAUCGUUCCCAGUUGGAUGCUCACAGUUCAACAAAGUUUGGACCAGACAAAAGAAGAAAUUCAUGGGAAUCGAAGUUUCAAACUGUCCUUCGGAGUACCACUUUAUCAGGUAACCUUGGCCCUGAUGUCAAGAUAUCAGAAUUGAUGAAGUGGAACAGCUUAGAUAAAGCUCCUAUGCAAUUGCUGUUUAGCAUGGUGGAAAGGGUCUUGGACGAAAGUUUAGAAAGAAAGAGCGGGGAUGUACCUCAUCGUGUGGCGUGCCUUUUGAAAAGACUUGUACGAGAGAUUGAGCGUCGGGUGUCAAAUCAAGCAGAUAAAAUUAAAAAUCAAAACAAUCUCUCCAAGGUUCGUGAAGGCAAGUAUCAAUCAAAAGUGAAAGCCCUUGAGACGCUUGCUGUCGGGGCUGCUGAAGAAAGCGAUGUUGCUGUAAACCAUCUUCGGCAGAUAAAGACGGAGAAAACAAAAUUAGAAGAGAAUAAGAAACAUGGUGAGCAAGAUAUGGUUAAAUUGAUGAAAGAAAGGGAUGAACGUGAUGCUGAGAUAAAAGCUCUCAAACAAGAGCUAGAGGUGGUUAAAAUGUCAAAUGAGAAGCACUGCUCACAACUGGAAACUGAAGCAAAGGAAGCAAGAGCAAAGUUUCAGGAGGAGAUAAUGGAUCUUGAGUCUCUUCUACAAGUUUCAAAGAAAAAAGUGAAUGAACUGAAGGAAACCUUUGAACAUGAGACUCAGAAAUUGAAACAUAGAGAGCUUCGUUACUCUUGCUUUGUAGAUUCCCAAUUUGUUGUUCUGAAGGGACUUAGGAUGGAUUUAGAUUCUGUAAAGAGAGAGCUUCUGAAGACGCAAGACUGUUAUCCUCUUGAAUUUCAAUUUCUAGGCACAAAGCUCAAAGAACUUGUAGAUGCUGCUGAGAACUACCACAUGGUUCUUGCAGAAAAUAGAAAAUUAUACAAUGAGGUUCAGGAUCUGAAAGGAAAUAUUAGAGUAUAUUGCCGUAUAAGGCCAUUUCUUCCCGGGCAGAAUGAGAAGCAGACGACCAUAGAGUAUAUUGGUGAGAAUGGGGAGCUUGUUGUCGUCAAUCCCCUAAAACCAGGAAAAGACAGCCGCCGAUUGUUUAAGUUCAACAAGGUCUUUGCUCCAGCAGCUAGUCAAGAGGAGGUAUUUAUUGACACCCAACCACUGAUUCGAUCUGUUCUUGAUGGGUAUAACGUAUGCAUUUUUGCCUAUGGUCAAACUGGUUCAGGCAAGACUUAUACUAUGACUGGACCUGAUAUGACGUCAAAGAAGGAUUGGGGAGUGAAUUAUCGAGCUCUGCAUGAUCUUUUCCAGAUUUCACAAAAUAGGAGAAGCUCCAUCAUGUAUGAAAUUGGUGUCCAGAUGGUUGAGAUUUAUAACGAGCAAGUCCGAGAUUUGCUUACAUGUGAUGGUUCGCAGAAAAGACUUGGGAUUUGGAGUACUAGUCAACCUAAUGGCUUGGCGGUCCCAGAUGCGAGCAUGCACCCAGUUAAGUCGACUAAUGACGUGCUUGAAUUGAUGAACAUUGGCUUCAUGAACAGAGCUGUAGGCGCCACAGCGUUGAAUGAAAGGAGUAGUCGAUCUCACAGCAUCCUCACUGUCCAUGUCCGCGGCAUGGAUUUAAAGAGCAAUUCUGUUUUGCGUGGUUGUCUUCACUUGGUGGACCUUGCAGGAAGUGAAAGAGUUGACCGCUCUGAAGCUACUGGAGAUAGACUAAGGGAGGCCCAAUAUAUCAACAGAUCACUGUCUGCUCUUGGAGACGUAAUCUUUGCGCUAGCUCAGAAGAAUUCCCAUGUGCCGUAUAGAAAUAGCAAACUCACUCAGGUUCUCCAGAGUUCUCUAGGUGGGCAAGCAAAGACAUUAAUGUUUGUGCAGCUUAACCCUGACGUGGAGUCUUACUCUGAAACUACCAGCACUCUUAAAUUUGCUGAGAGGGUUUCUGGGGUAGAGUUGGGGGCGGCACGUAGUAACAAAGAGGGAAGAGAUGUUAGGGAACUCAUGGACCAGGUCGCAUCUCUGAAAGCUACCAUUGCAAAGAAAGAUGAGGACAUUCAGCGCUUGCGUCUUGUCAAGGUUAAUACUAACAGUGAGAAGCGUGUUGUGAACUCUCUAAAGCCCGUACUUUCUUCUACUGGGAAACAUUCCUUUGGGCCAACUCGAUCUUCGCGUAAAUUGUCAGGGCAGACUAGCAGACCAACUUCUGAUCAAGAUUGUUGUUCAGAACAUAGUGAUAGACAUUCUGAAGCUGGUUCACAGCAUUCAGUUGAAGAACUUAAGCAUCAGCGUGAAAUCUUGAGGCAUCCAGACCUCCCUGCAUCUGAUGCAGUUCAUAAUUUCAAUGAUGAUAUCGAUCUUUUAGGAUUUGGAGAUGUGGAUGAUGACGAGAGGUUAAGUGAUAUAUCUGAUAGUGGCCUUUCAAUGGGGACUGAAACUGAUGGUUCUAUUAGCAGUGUUGUGGAGUACACACUUUUUCCUGAAGUGGCGAAACCAGCAGAAAAUGCGGAGAAGUCAACCAUACAAAACAAACUCCCAAAACCUCCACAGAAACAGCAGACUGGGCCUUCUCGGUCGUUACAAGGCAAGGAAUCCUCUAAAGUUGUAUCAAGUUCUAAGAAACCGGCGUCUACUAACUCUUCAUCAGUGAAGCCGAAAGUCAGGCCUUCCAAACGGUGGGCUUGAAGCUGCAAUGUUCUUGCAGCUGUUGUAGGCUGUAGGCAUAAUUAUGUUAUCUCUCUCUCUCCGUUCUCUCUCAUCUCACGGUCUCACCACUUAAUGUUAGCAUAGGUGAUUACCCGUUUGAUUUGGCAGGUAUAUACCAUAACAUAUAUCCAGCUGUGUAGUCUAUCUGAUUGUCAAGGUUUAUCUAACAGUUCUUCAAAGGGUGCUUUUAAGAAGCAGCUCAAUUUCUUUAUGAACCUGACAAAAGACUAUUGGUGAUAUUUGUAAAUUAUGUACAGGAAAUGAAGGAUAAUGCUUCCCAUUUCGAAA